CCUCCGCCCGCGGGCGUCUGCGCGAGCCCGGCCGGCGGGGGAGAUGUGCUCGGGCUCCGCCGGAUCGGUUUCUCGGGGUUUGACCAGCUGUCCCGGGCUAACCCUGCUCCUCGCUGAAGAUGGAGGAAGUAAAAACAGGAUUACCCUUAGCUACAGAUCCACUGCCUUAGUUUCCACCACCAACUGCAGUGCACAAACACACGUUAGGCACAGGAAAGAAAGAAAGAGAGAGGACACACUAACAGUAAACACAAACAAAAGGGUGAUGGGAUUAUUUUACUGCAUGCACUGCUGAGCUGUCAUGGAUUUGGACUUGUUUUGCUUUGUUUUAACUUGAAUUCUAAGAAGAAAGAUUGAAUAGACUGGAAUAAAUUGCAGCUGUCCAGAUAGAAGCCCGACAUUGUCACCUCCUCUUUGAGGGGUUAGAAGAAGCUGAGAUCUCCCGACAGAGCUGGAAAUGGUGAUGAAUCUUUUUUAAUCAAAGGACAAUUUCUUUUCACUGCACUUUGACUAUGGAAACAGAGGCUAUUGAUGGCUAUAUAACGUGUGACAAUGAGCUUUCACCUGAAAGGGAGCACUCCAAUAUGGCAAUUGACCUCACCUCAAGCACACCCAAUGGACAGCAUGCCUCACCAAGUCACAUGACAAGCACAAAUUCAGUAAAACUAGAAAUGCAGAGUGAUGAAGAGUGUGACAGGAAACCCCUGAGCCGUGAAGAUGAGAUCAGGGGCCACGAUGAGGGUAGCAGCCUAGAAGAACCCCUAAUUGAGAGCAACGAGCUGGCCGACAACAGGAAAGUCCAGGAGCUUCAAGGCGAGGGAGGAAUCCGGCUUCCGAAUGGUAAACUGAAAUGUGACGUCUGUGGCAUGGUUUGCAUUGGGCCCAAUGUGCUUAUGGUACAUAAAAGGAGUCACACUGGUGAACGUCCCUUCCACUGUAACCAGUGUGGAGCUUCUUUUACUCAGAAGGGCAACCUUCUGAGACACAUAAAGUUACACUCUGGAGAGAAGCCGUUCAAAUGUCCUUUCUGUAGCUAUGCUUGUAGAAGAAGGGACGCCCUCACAGGACACCUCAGGACCCACUCUGUGGGUAAACCUCACAAGUGCAACUACUGUGGACGGAGCUACAAGCAACGCAGUUCACUGGAGGAGCACAAGGAACGCUGCCACAACUAUCUCCAGAAUGUCAGCAUGGAGGCUGCUGGGCAGGUCAUGAGUCACCAUGUACCUCCUAUGGAAGAUUGUAAGGAACAAGAGCCUAUUAUGGACAACAAUAUUUCUCUGGUGCCUUUUGAGAGACCUGCUGUCAUAGAGAAGCUCACGGGGAAUAUGGGAAAACGUAAAAGCUCCACUCCACAAAAGUUUGUGGGGGAAAAGCUCAUGCGAUUCAGCUACCCAGAUAUUCACUUUGAUAUGAACUUAACAUAUGAGAAGGAGGCUGAGCUGAUGCAGUCUCACAUGAUGGACCAAGCCAUCAACAAUGCAAUCACCUACCUUGGAGCUGAGGCCCUUCACCCUCUGAUGCAGCACCCGCCAAGCACAAUCGCUGAGGUGGCCCCAGUUAUAAGCUCAGCUUAUUCUCAGGUCUAUCAUCCAAACAGGAUAGAAAGACCCAUUAGCAGGGAAACCUCUGAUAGUCAUGAAAACAACAUGGAUGGCCCUAUCUCUCUCAUCAGACCAAAGAGUCGACCCCAGGAAAGAGAGGCCUCUCCCAGCAAUAGCUGCUUGGAUUCAACUGACUCAGAAAGCAGCCAUGAUGACCACCAGUCCUACCAAGGAAACCCUGCCUUAAAUCCCAAGAGGAAACAAAGCCCAGCUUACAUGAAGGAGGAUGUCAAGGCUUUGGAUACCACCAAGGCUUCCAAGGGCUCCCUGAAGGACAUCUAUAAGGUUUUCAAUGGAGAAGGAGAACAGAUAAGGGCCUUCAAGUGUGAGCACUGCCGAGUCCUUUUCCUAGACCAUGUCAUGUAUACCAUUCACAUGGGCUGCCAUGGCUACCGGGACCCACUGGAAUGCAACAUCUGUGGCUAUCGAAGCCAGGACCGUUACGAGUUUUCAUCACACAUUGUUCGAGGGGAGCACACAUUCCACUAGGCCUUUUCAUUCCAAAGGGGACCCCUAUGAAGUAAAGGACUGCACAUGAAGAAAUACUGCACUUACAAUCCCACCUUCCCUCAGAUGUUGACAUACCUUUUUUUAAAAAAAAAUUAUUACUGUCAAUAAUUCUUAUUUUGUGGACGCAGUGUCAUUUGCUCUGCCUAAUUACAAUAAGGAAGAAGCAGAAGAGAGAAGGGACGGGGAUAUUGUUUCCUGAUAACUUGGCUUGUUUAUUUUGUGGGAACUUAAAGCAGUUCAUUUCUGCCACAUAUAGAUAUAAGGCAUACUGUGCUUUGAAAAAUCACUUGAUUCAUAUAGAUUCACCUAAGAUAUUCUAAUUUGCCAUUGAUGUUCAGGAUUAUGAUUGAAGGCAGGAAAGUUUAGGGUUUUCUGGGUAAGACUUUGGCGAUUUAAAAUGGUAUAAGUAAUUUUACUCUUCAAAGAACUUGUUUCAAAAUGUAAACUGGUUUUUUGUUCUUUAGAGAUCAUGGAACACAAACACAUUGUUAUUUUCAGUGAAAACGCCUGGGAUGAGUUGAGUCGUCGUGGGUUCUAUGUUUACUUCCCCUAUGGAAUUUAUAAUUCAGUAUGUUUUACACUGUACCAUAUAGCAAAACUUUUAAACUACAGGUAGUUAAGGACCACUAUAAUACAUCUGAGGUCCUUUGAUCUUAUUUUUCUAAACUUAAGCACUGUUUUUCCAUAGUUUUGAUGACUGGCAUUUUAUAGACACCCUGGCAGCCUUACUUUUAACACCUUUAAUAGUAUUUUUAUGUAGUUUUCAGAAUAACAUAUGGUCUACAAGAAUGGAUAAGAGGCAGUCAGUAAUUUCCAGGUGGGACUCCACUUUCCAUAAAUUCAUUUGGGAUUUGUUUGUUUGUUUUUUUUUAAGUUGUAAUGUGAUGGCAGCAUAGUAUAUGUAUUUGUUUCUAAAAGUAUGCUUACGAUUGUCACUUUAUCACAUUUAAUCAGUGUUAACCAGUCAGCAGAAAAAUAUAAUUAGGCUAACAGUAGGAGGAAAACCCACUAGAAAUCCCUUUUCUGGUAUUUCUCUCUUCCUGGUUUUCUCAAGCUGUGACCACUCAGUGUUCUGUCCAUAGUCCAUUCCUCUUUUACUCUUGGAGUAGAAGGUCUGAAAACUCAUGCUAUAGGCUACUUCUUUCAAAAUCUCCUUGGAGCAAUUGCUAAUUUGACCUGAAUGUGGUAACUUGAACCUUAUAAGGUUAUUGAACUAGGGCUAAUCUAGUAUUUAAUUCUUCAGUAACAAUAUUCACUACUUUUGCUGCAGAGAAAGGGGAACUUUUUUGUAAUCUGUUCACUGAACUACAGAUCAAACAAAGAAGCAGUGAAGUUUUCUCUUACCCUUAGAGUGUAGAAUAUGACAGAACCUUUGAGCAAAGGUCCUGCAUGCUUUUCUGUUGUUGCUUUUUUUUAUAUAUACAUUCAGCUCUGUAAAUCCGUUAGUUGAGAAUUUUUCAUCUUUUAAUUCAUACAUAACAUAUGUUGCCAUAUUUCAUGUGAAGAUUUUAAUUUCACUUAUGUGGGUGUUCUGUUUUUUCUUUCCAUUCAGCAGCUUUAGAGGGGAGGAACCAAGUGAUGUUGAUUCUCGAGUCAUUUGGGGGGACACAAAGGGAAGGCAGAACUUGCUGCUUGUGUUUGGGAAAACAGGCCUGACCAUGACUGGAUUAUUGGAUAAACAUUUUUGAAUACCAAACUUUCUAUUAAGCAGUAACGAAUCGCUACUCUAAAAGAUCAUUGAAUAGAAUGCGACAAUGUGAUGUGAGAGGUAUCGAGACUAGAAAACUGUGGUCAGAUUAGCAAAUCCAGCCCCAGUUGCUGCUUUUAAUUCAUUUUCUAGUUUACCGUUUGCUUAUUUAAGCAACUGCUAAGCACUAACACAGCUAGAACUGGAUAAAAAUGGUUAUAAUUCGGCUCUCUUUUACUAACUCCUAUCAUAAUUAUUUUUGGAGAAAUGUCCAAACUGUUCCUUUAAAUCUGAGAGAAUGCACCAAAACAGAGAUGUAUAAAAUGUCAACUAUAUAUAUAUAUAUAUAUUUUUUUUUUUUUCCUGCAUGCCUUGGUACAUUUUGAACUUUAUUCAAAGAGAAAGCAUAUCUUUGAGACUUUCUCACCUCCACCUGUCCUAACUCCUCCCAAAUCAUAAUUGAAAUGACAUUUCUGUUUUCCUUUUGGAUGAGGUUUAAGUAAUUUUAAGGCUCAUGAUUUCGUGUUUUACUGUAAUUUAGGGAAACAUUUGGAUGCCAGUCACUAUGUUCACAAUUUUGCUUGUAUGUGAUUUUCUGCUGGUAUCAUCUAUGAAUUUUCUUUCUGGGUUUUUUUGUUUGUUUGUUUUUGUUUUUUCUUGAAUAAUCAUAUACCUACCUACCUGCCCUUGGAUGAAACUAAAUUUAGGUGAACCUAAAGAAUUCUGUAGUUCCCCUAUGAAGACAGUACUAAUGCACUCUCCUUUUCUGAUUUCAUUUUUUAUGAAGAACUAUUUACUGAAAGGAGCUAAUAGUUGUGAAUGUAUAUUUGCUACAAGUGUGUACUUGCAUUUUCUUAGCUUCUUGGUAUGAUGAACAGAAAGAGGUGAUGGAUCAAGGUAUGGUAGGGACAAAUGAGGACAAGGUCAAUUCACAUUUGUAGGUUGGAAAGAAUUUUUGUGAACAUAGUGCUUUCUGAGAAACUCUGAAUGGCUGUAUUUGCGUGCCCCUUCAUCAAAAAGGGAAAUAUGCAAUGUGGUAGCACCUAAAAAUAAAUAUGAGGGUCAGACACAAAAUAAAUCAAAGUUUUACAUAACAAUUGUAUGCCCAGUUUAUUUAGGUGAGAUUUCACAGUGCAGAAAGUAUUUGAGGGGCAUGAAAAUGGGUUAUCCUCUGUAUUUUCCAUUUUGGCAAAAAUUCAGAAAUUCAUCACAUCACUUUGCCCUAAUUUUGCCCAGAUUUUUUUUAUCUCCAGCUCUUUUUGGAGAAGCAUGCUGCCUCUUUGGAAUAGUGAUAAUCACUUUUUAAAAGCCAUACUAAGCAGGCUUUUUAAAACAGUGAAAGUGACCAGUAGGUAGAUAGGAAGAAAGAGAUUUGAAGAUGUUGAAACAUUCCUUUAAGAAUUUUCUGGGGGCUGGGGAGAUAGCUCAGCUGGUAGAGUGCUUGCCUUGCAAGCACAAGGCCCUGAGUUCGAUCCCCAGUACUGCAAAAAAAAAAAAAAAAAAAAAAAAAGAA